AUGUUCUCACAGCUAAAAAUCCCUGCCCAACUGACUUCUCCGCGAGCUGGAGAUCCAGACGCCUUUCGUCCAAGAAUAGAACUACAUCCAGAGGACCAUGCAUACCGGGAUUCAGUCACACAAUAUUUCGAAUGGAAUGUGACAUCUGACUACUUGCGUCUAGACGGAGUACUCAAGCAGGUCUAUCUCAUUAAUGAUCAUAUGGAUGGUGUACCUGCCGUGACACAAUGGCCCAUCUCUCCCGGGUCAAUCUUUACCUACCGUUUUACAAUCCCCCUCGACCAAAGCGGUACCUUCUGGUACCAUGCCCACUCCGGCGUAGCCAGGGCAGACGGUCUCUAUGGGGGAAUAGUCGUACAUGCUCCCGUUCCCAAAACCGCUACUCGCGGGCGCAUGGCUCGACCAUUGGUUUUGUACGAGAAAGAAUUCCUUCUUCUAGUUGGGGAUUGGUACCAUCAACCUGCGGAGGAGGUUUUAGCUUGGUUUAUGAGUAUUGAGUCAUUUGGAAAUGAGCCGGUUCCCGAUUCCUUGCUUUUGAAUGGAGUUGGGGCAUUCAAUUGCUCAAUGGCAGUCCCUGCUCGGCCGGUGGACUGUGUUCAGCAAGAGAUGGAUCUAACUUAUUUGAAUGUAGAAGCUGGUAUGAGAUAUAGGCUACGAGUAGUCAACACAGGCUCUCUAGCAGGGUUUACCUUAUCCCUUGAAAACCACCUAUUCCGCCUCCUUCAAGUCGACAAUAUAGACAUUGAGCCUCAAAAGCCUAGCUCAGAAGUCGGGAUCCUUUAUCCAGGACAACGCAUAGAUAUUCUCGUCGAGCCGUCUCAUAACAAAGCCCUCCAGUCUUCAUUGACAAUCCACUUAGACGAAGACUGCUUUAACAUGCCUAACCUGGCCUUAACCCCUAUCCAAACAUUUCUUAUAUCUCAUUCGGAUGAGAGAGACCAUUCUCAUUCUCAUUCUAAUCCUCGUUCUCAUGGCCUCAUCAACGCUGAUAUCCCGCCCCUCGACAUAUCUCGCAUUCCAUCAUCCCAAGAAGCCCUUUCCCGCCUUUACCAAUCCCGCGGCCUGACCCCCCAAACCCAUGUCGUGUACACGAAGGUCGAGAAACUGUCAAUAAAGCAUAACAUCCCCUACGGAUUCUUCAACCGUACGAGCUGGGCUCCGCAAUGUGACCCCCCACUCCCACUAUCCAUACUUCCGAAAGAGGAAUGGGACGAAAACCAGUUCUCGAUCACUACGACAUCGAUGAACGAUAGCAACGCCGACACCGUUUGGGUAGAUCUGGUCGUGAAUAAUCUAGAUGAGGGAGGACAUCCGUUUCAUUUGCAUGGCCAUCAUUUCUAUAUCCUCCGCGUCCAUGAAGCUUCGAUUGGAUGGGGUUCAUUCAAUCCCUUCGAAACCAAGAAUCCAAGUGGCCUAUCCGAUCAAGACCAGCACCCUGAUGGGUAUGAUUUCUCGCACGCAAUGCUUCGAGAUACAGUGUAUAUUCCCCGACGGGGCUACGCAAUUAUACGCUUCCAAGCUAAGAACCCUGGUGUGUGGAUGUUUCAUUGCCAUAUCGUUUGGCAUCUAGCGAGUGGCAUGGCGAUGCUGGUGCAUGUUCUAGAUUAG